AUCGUCGCGCGCGUGUGAGAGAGAGAGAGCUUCUCCCUUCAGCCUUUCGUUCACCGUCGCUCCGGGGUCCUAAUGGAGUACCUCAUCGGCAUUCAAGGGCCCGACUUCGUGCUGGUGGCCGCCGAUACCGUCGCCGCCUCCAGCAUCGUCCACAUGAAGCGCGAUCAUGACAAGAUGUUCAAAAUGAGCGAGAAAAUUCUGCUCCUGUGUGUGGGAGAGGCUGGUGACACUGUCCAAUUUGCAGAAUACAUCCAGAAAAAUGUUCAGCUCUACAAGAUGAGGAACGGAUAUGAGCUGUCUCCGACUGCGGCUGCCAACUUCACACGCCGAAAUCUGGCUGACUAUCUGCGGAGUCGGACUCCUUAUCAUGUCAACCUCCUUCUGGCGGGCUACGAUGAACAGGACGGGCCUUCCCUGUACUACAUGGAUUACCUCGCUUCCCUGGCGAAAGCUCCCUUUGCAGCCCACGGUUAUGGCGCCUUCCUGACACUCAGCAUCCUCGACCGUUACUACAAACCAGGUAUCACCCGCGAAGAAGCGGUGGAGGUUCUCCAGAAAUGUCUUGAGGAGCUUCAGAAACGCUUCAUCCUGAACUUGCCUUCCUUCAAUGCUCGCUUCAUCGAUAAAGACGGCAUCCACGAAGUGACCAGCAUACCUCUCCUAAAAUCAGUGGCCUGAACGCCCACACUUCCCGCCUCUCACCUCGGUUUGGCUUUUUGUACUUGUCUGAAAUCCAGAGUUCAUGUAUUACAUUUGCAACAACAAAUAAAGAUUGACUCUUACGAUG